AUGAGGCUACAACAGAGCUCCUCUCAUCCUCCGAAUCAGACCUAUAUCAGCCUUACAAGGUUACUCUCCCGUCUCGAGGAGAAAUUUCCCGCAGAUGUCUACCAUGUUCCGACGUCCAGGCCAUCGGCGUUUGAGAUGGCCAAGGUUAAAGCUAAUUUAGAAUAUGCGCACACUCUUCUGCAACAGUUGGAAAAUGAAGCCGUGGGACUUAAGAACCUAAGUCAGAGACAAAUUGCACUAUCAGACUUACAACCUCAGAGGAUUAGUGUGAAACGGCUACAGGAUGUCAUAAACUCUCUAGAACUUCUUGAAGAUACAACGGUUAUACGUGUCAUAGAAGAACCAUCAGCUGCUGAUGAAGAGGAGGAAAGGACAUCGGAGGCCCCAGCUCAGGCAGCUGCGCCUCCGAAACCGACUGUUGUAACCCAGUCAAGUGUAGCACCUCCGGUUCCAACAGCUACCGCUGCACCUUCUAACGAACCAGCAUCAGUUCUACGCAACCGUUUGGGCAAAUACUCCGAAAAAGAUGAAAAGGCAGAACUAAGUUCUGAAGAACAACUAUCUCAGGACCGUCAUGAACAAGAUGACCUCUCAGAGAGUCUCCUCAAGAUGGCAGAGCAACUAAAGGCAAACUCCAGACGCUUUGCAGACGAGUUAGAAGGAGAGAAAGAUAUCCUUCGCACUGCGGCGGACGGCCUAGAUAAGAAUACCACUGGACUCCAAGGAGCUGGACUCCGAAUGUUGAAGUUGAAACAAGGACAGGACGUUACGUGGUGGUAUCAAUUGAAAGUAUUUGCAGCAUUGCUUGGAUUGGCGUUGACGGCAAUUAUCAUAUUCUGGUUGCCAAAGUUGAGAUGGGGAUCUUUCACGUUGUAG